AUGGCAGCGAGACUGCGUGACGAUGAAGAACGAGAGCAGAAAUUCAAGGAUAGGAUGGCGGUUCUUGAAAAGGAGAACUUCAACUUGAACAUAUCAAGAGAGAAAGCUUCCAAUAGACUAGCCGAGGAACAGAAGAAAAUUGUUGAAUUAGAGCAGAAGAUUCGAGAGUUGAACAAGGGAAUACAGAGUGCGCAGCUCAAAGCUCGAAGUGAACAGCAGCGAAGCAGUGAAAAGAAUGGAAAACUUCAAAGUCUCACCAACAAGGUUAGAGAGCUGGAGGUUCAGCUUGCUGAUAAAACUGCUCGGAGCGACGUGGAUAGCGUAAUUGUGAAGAAAAUGGAAUCAGGUGGCCAGGCAUUAGCGCAGGAGCUUGACAGACAAAAGCAAACGAAUGCUGAGCUGACUAAUCAGAAUGAAGAGCUGCGUGGAACGUGCAAAGCUCUUGAGGAAGAGCUACUGACUACUAGGGCUGCACUGGAAAAGAAGACAAGCGUUUCGAAACAGGCAAUGACCGAUCUGCUGAACAACUACAAGGAUUCUGAACGCAAGUCUAUGGAAAGAGCGACCGAAUGCGAGCAGCUCAAAGCUCAACUGCAAUCUGUCAGUGCGAAACUGGAACGUAUCGAAAAGCGCCGAAGUGACUUGGAGGCACGCGUUGAGGAAAGCGAGCUGAGGAAUGCUGACUUGAUCAAGAAAAUACAUCAGUAUGAGCGAAGUGCUAGAAUGGCGCUGAAUGUAGCCGGCACACCAACUGCACUCCGUGGUGGUCAGUCCAUCGUUGAUAUUCCCGAGAGCAGCAGGAUCAUCAGGAUAUGGAGAUUCAUUCUCCAUGCUCCGUACGACAUCCAGCUCACACGAUCUUUCCAUCAGAACAUCGCCAGAGAAGAGCCUUCAUCCAUGGAGAUUACCCUUCGAUUCCUCAAAGAACGAAUCGAACAACUAGAAAGGGACAAGGCUGACCUCACCAACGAUCUGAAAGCGCAGCAAGAAGAAAUGCAAAAGAACCUGGUCAAGACGAAAGAGGCAGUGGGCAGCAUGCAAGCGUUGGAAAGAAGAGUUCAGGACCUGCAAAAUGAGAAAGAGAACCUCGAAUCUCGUUUGGCUACUCAACGACAACUAUAUGUAUCGAACGAAGAGACAAUGCGUGCGAAGGAACUGGAACAUCGAAGCCUGAAGGCAAAGAUCACCAGUGCUGAGCUGCAUCUGCGCGAGAAAGACAGCAAGAUAAGUCAAAUGACGGUAAGUUUGUGCAUGGUGCUGUUCUGCGAUUGCAAAAGGUCAUCGGCUCCGUUUCAGGGUCAAUUGGAGGCGUUGCGACUGGAAAUAUCCCAGAUGGCUGGCGAUCGGCAAAGGAUUAUGUCUUCUGCAAAGGCGACUGAACACGAGAUGAAAUCACUCGAAGACAGCUCUCAUGCCAUCCGGACCGAACGCGAUCAGCUUGCUGCUCGUUUGGCCGAUGUGAACGUGGAACUCAAGAACACACAAGGUCGUCUAAAUGACGCGCUCUCGGAACUGGAACAGGUGAAGAGACUUCUCGAAGAUUCUCGACGUCAACACCAGAAACAAAAGGAACAGGUUGAUAGUCGUCAAAUUAGCAUUGCUCUAAAACUCCCUUGGAACCCGAGAAGAGAAAAGACAACUUUCCAGGCUGUCACUGCGAAAAAGACCUCGGAAGACUAUCACAAAUCAGUUUAUGAGGAGAAAAUAACACAACUCCAACACAAUCAAGAAUCGCUGUUGGCUCGGAACGACGCUCUUGUUGCUGAAAUUGAUCGACUCAGGCAUGAACAACGGGAUUCCGCCAAUCGCGUGAGCCUUCUGAACCAGAAAUUAGCGGAAUGCGAGCGAUCUCUGGAGAGCACGAAUCAGAUAAAGAAUACCCUCUCGCAGCAGGUUCUUGGCCUGCAGAAGGCCGAGUCAGACUGGAGUAAACUCGAACGCGAAAUGAGGGAAGAGCUGGUGGUGCUGCGCAAAGAUAGGUUAGUGCUCACAUCUGAAGUGGAGGAGCUCAAGCGAAAGCUGCUACGAGCAGAAGUGGAGAAGAAGGAAGUUGACGGGUUCCG